UCCCACCGCAUGAGACCCACGUGGAGCGCCGUUUGCGAUUGGCUGGCUUGUCGCUUCGGUGGGCGGUCCUUACAGCAGUCGGUUAGCUUGGAGCGUGAAACCGCGUGAGAAAGUUGCCAUUGAAGGGAACUACAGCCGGACUGAGGACUACUGCUGGUCCGCUUCAGCCGCCGCCGUGGAAGUAGUUGUUAGCCAAACUAACAACAUAUUACCUUUUUUUCUACAGUAAAAGUGGACGGGGACGCGAAUAUACACCAAAAUUAAUAAUUCCACGAGUCAAGUGUUGACUCCUCGCCGCAAUUAACCCAGCGCGGAUUCGUUUCUUUGGGUCUACUUUUUUCCCCCACUCGGAAUAUACACAGGACUACCCUCACCUGGUUCUUCGUCGACGGGAGAGCAGGGAAGAAAAGGACCCAAAGAGGAGCACCGUAGCGGGUUUGAUUUGUUCCCGAUGGCUUGGUGAGCCGGUGCAGCCCUAUACUUCAACACCGAGUUUUGGUGCUUAGAAAGUGGGGAGCACCCCCCCCCCCCCAUCCGGAGAUAACAAUGUUCCCCCAGGGGCGACACCCGACGCCCCACCAGGCUCCGGGCCAGCCCUUUAAGUUCACCAUUCCUGAGUCCCUGGACCGCAUCAAGGAAGAGUUUCAGUUCCUGCAGGCCCAGUACCACAGUCUAAAGCUGGAGUGUGAGAAGCUGGCCAGUGAAAAGACGGAGAUGCAGAGACACUAUGUCAUGUACUACGAGAUGUCUUAUGGCCUCAACAUUGAAAUGCACAAACAGACCGAGAUCGCCAAGAGACUCAACACCAUCUGCGCACAAGUCAUCCCCUUCCUCUCGCAAGAGCAUCAGCAACAGGUGGUCCAAGCGGUGGAGCGAGCCAAGCAGGUGACCAUGGCCGAGCUCAAUGCCGUCAUCGGGGUACGUGGACUACCCGGUCUACCACCUACACAGCACCUAUCACACAAUCACGGCGGAGCCCCCGUGCCCCUCACGCCCCACCCGGCCGGCCUGCACCCAUCUCAGCUCAGCGGUUCGGCCGGCCUCCUGGCGCUCUCCGGAGCUCUCGGCGCCAUGCCUCCCCACCUGGCGGGGAAAGACGCCGCUGAUAAAAAACCUCACCUGUCCGGUCCAGACUCGCAUCCCGGAGGACCCGAUCACCUUAGAGAACGGGAACCUGGCACAAGUAACUCCUUGCUGCCCGAAAGUCUUCGGAACUCAGACAAGCGGCGUAACGGACCCGACUUCUCGAAUGACAACAAGAAGCGCAAAGUGGAAGACAAGGAUUCGAGCCAUUACGAUAGUGAUGGAGAGAAAAGUGACGAUAAUUUAGUAGUGGAUGUCUCUAAUGAGGAACAGGCGUCCCCACGCGGCACACCCCUCCCGUCCCCGAGAGAGAAUGGCCUGGAUAAAGCACGCCUCCUUAAGAAGGACCCCUGCAGUCCUGCUUCCACUGCCUCAUCUGCUAGCUCCUCUUCGCUCAAGUCCAAAGAAAUGGCAAUGCGGGACAAAGCGGGGACACCCGGGCUCAAGUCAAGCACGCCCACGCCAAGAGGCGAUUCCACUCCUGGUCCGAGCUCCACACCCGGUGUCCGGCCAAGCCUAUCGAAACCCCCGUCCAUGGAGAUCCCUCACCCGCCGACAGCAGGUCUGAGGACGCCCCUGGCGGUACCUGGCCCGUACCCGGGCGCAUUUAGUAUGUUGCCCCACGCGGCGGGGAUGAACGGCGAGCUAGCCGGAGCAGCCAGCGCUGCCGCCUACGCCGCUGGGCUACACAACAUUUCCCCGCAGAUGAGCGCCGCUGCUGCGGCGGCUGCAGUGGCUGCUUAUGGACGGUCACCGAUGGUUGGCUUUGAUCCUCACCCUCACAUGCGAGUUCCUGGAAUGCCUCCCAGUCUGUCAGGAAUCCCUGGUGGCAAACCUGCUUAUUCCUUCCACGUGGCGGCUGACGGACAAAUGCAGCCGGUGCCGUUUCCGCCAGAUGCACUGGUGGGGCCCGGGAUCCCUCGCCACGCCCGCCAGAUCAACACGCUCAACCACGGCGAGGUGGUCUGCGCCGUCACUAUCAGUAACCCCACGAGGCACGUCUACACCGGCGGGAAGGGCUGCGUCAAGGUGUGGGACAUCAGUCACCCCGGCAACAAGAGCCCCGUGUCGCAGCUUGACUGCUUGAACCGAGACAACUACAUCCGCUCCUGUCGCCUCCUCCCCGACGGCCGCACGCUCAUUGUGGGCGGCGAGGCCAGCACGCUGUCCAUCUGGGACCUGGCCACGCCUACCCCCAGGAUUAAGGCCGAGUUGACAUCGUCGGCGCCGGCGUGCUACGCUCUGGCCAUCAGCCCCGACUCCAAGGUCUGCUUCUCGUGCUGCAGUGACGGAAACAUCGCAGUGUGGGAUUUGCACAACCAGACGCUGGUUAGGCAGUUCCAGGGCCACACAGACGGCGCCAGCUGUAUUGACAUUUCCAACGAUGGCACCAAGCUGUGGACCGGGGGCCUGGAUAACACCGUGCGGUCCUGGGAUCUGAGGGAGGGACGUCAGCUGCAGCAGCACGACUUCACCUCACAGAUCUUCUCUCUAGGCUACUGUCCCACAGGAGAAUGGCUGGCCGUGGGCAUGGAGAGCAGCAACGUGGAGGUCCUUCACGUGACCAAGCCUGACAAAUACCAGCUGCAUCUCCACGAGAGCUGCGUGCUCUCCCUGCAGUUUGCUUAUUGCGGUAAAUGGUUUGUGAGCACCGGGAAGGAUAACUUACUCAACGCAUGGAGAACUCCUUAUGGUGCCAGCAUAUUCCAGUCUAAAGAAUCUUCCUCGGUGCUCAGCUGUGACAUAUCCGUGGAUGACAAAUACAUCGUCACUGGAUCCGGGGACAAGAAGGCUACUGUGUACGAGGUCAUCUACUAAUGCGGAGAGGAAGCCAUUACUUCUCUUCUUACACAAAUUAUCAUUUUUUUUUUUUUUUUAAUACGGAGCUUGAAAUCACGGACUAUGUGGCGUCGUCUAGUCGUCGUUCCGUCACACAAAGACGCUCCGCUGGGUUUAAACCGCAAACAAAGCGACAGGAGAUUCCUAAGAAGAGACUGGGAAUUUGAACCGGAGACUCCCAAGACUGCGUGAUUCCAUAAUAUACUCUACUACGUUCCUGUCACUUUAAGACGAUACGCUCCACGAGGGUUCCCAAGAAUGUCUCCCCCAGCUCCACCGGAAAAAUCCCAGGAAGCUCUUCCUUCCGCAAUUCCGUUCAAAAUUCCUCAUUCAGCAGCGAACAAAAAGGCAUUGUUGUGCGUCCGUGAAUGACUCGCGUCAGUGUUUGUGUUCAAUCUCAAUAAUUCCUACCCUUUUUUUUUUUUUAUCUUAUUUUUGUCCGUUGAAUGUUUGUAAAAAUGUAUAUAUGUCUUUUGUUUCUUACAGUACAUUCUUUAGAAAUAAUUUUUUUUUGUACAUCUUUUACAUGGAAAACAAAAUGUCAACCAAACGGUCUUAAUAACAGCUAAUCGGAAAGUUUAGAUAAUAAUAAUAAAUGGUGUUUUUUUUA